UUUUUUUUUUUUUUUUUUUGAUAAUAUGCAAUGGAUUAUAUAGUUUGGUCAUCGAUGUACCUUACGCGGCACUUCCCGUCCAAUUUAAUUUUCUAACUGUACCUUUCUCGCACUACCGCGACUUUUUAUUUAUAUGUAUACACGCAUUAGUUAUAUACGUUUAUAUAUAUAUAUAUAUAUAUAUAAAUAUCUGUUUUAUAUAGUUAAUAUAUUUGCACAAAUUGAACGUUAUACAUCGUUUUCUCUUUCUUUUGUUUUUUUUAUUUUCUGUCAAUCACAUAAAGGUCACUUAUGUAAUUCACUUUCAUUGAUGUAAGAGCUGUCCGCUACUACGUGAAUGAGUGUGUUCCUGGAUACAUUGUACUUUUUCUGUACACAUUACCAUUGAAAUAUAUGUUCGUUUUUGACAUUGUCUUUGAAUUCCACUUGUACAGCGUUCGGAUAAUGCUUCCUUUUAGUUCAGUGAGUCAGAUGAGCAAAAUAAAGAAAUUUUGGAAUAUGUAUAACUUUUCGUUUUCAACAAGAAUAACAUCAGUGGGAAUUAACAAAAGGCAGUUAAGAAAUUAUAUACAAGCCUUGCAAAAAGAUUGUUUUCCUCUAUUUAAUGAACGAUUCAAAAUCUACUAACGUCAACCAAUUAUCAGAGUGGAAAUUAAAGGAUUGUUAUCGAGUCUGGUUCGACGAUUAAAUGCUGUCAUAUGCUGUUUUUACACUCGUUACUUUACUGUUUGUUUUAUUUUAUAUCAUAUUAUCGAUUUUGGUUAUUAUUCAAGCUAAAUAGCAAUGAAAAAUAUUUUGCUUUGACCGCUAAUACUUAACUCACGACGCGCUAUAAAUAAGUGUAAAUCAGAACACGGUGCGUGAAUAUUGCGCUCGUGGAAUUAUGUCUGACUAUAAAGUCAGAAAAUUAAUUGAAAAUUUUAUCGAGAACCUUGAAAUUUCAUUCGCCGGAAACUCCUAAAAAAUUGCAAGAAUACGAAAUCAUAACUAAGUUACCAAAACUAAAUUUUAAUGCUUAAACUUGAGGUUUGUAUUUCAUCCAUAUGUUUAUAUUUUGCUAUGUAGUAUUCCACAUAACUUUGACUACGCAUCUUAUUAUGUACACAAACUUCGUUACUUUUUUUCAAUUUAAUGUUGGUAUACGUGUAUACUACACGUUCAUUCUCUAGUUAGGAAGACGGAUCCAAGUAUGAUAUCAUUCAUGACGUCACUCGUGCUAUGGUUGGAAACGUAGAUCCGCACCUCAGUCAUUCGCAGGCGAUCAAGGCGCGACCACCUACCUUAUUAAGAGUCGAUAAAGAAGGAGAUGACAAUGUCGCAUUCGGUAACUAUUAGAACUCAAACGGUAACGAGCGGUUCCACAUCAGUUAACAUCAAUACCGGUUAUUUAAAAACGUUUGGCGGUCUGUUUAAAUUGUUUGAAGUGGCACUUGGAGUAGUGUGCGUGGCAAUAGUAGCGAACAACUAUGACAGCUACGUAUACACCGCAGAACUAUUCUUCCUUCUAAUAACAACGACAUUUUUGAUCGGUACCUUUAUUUUGCUUCUAAGUUGCUUAGCUUCUCUUGCAACGUCCACUAUCAUUGCGAAGACUGUUUAUGAACUUCUUUAUCACUCUAUAGCAUUUGGAUUAUAUUUAGCUGCGUCUUUAACAUACGUAGUGCAUGUGAGUAAUAACGUGAAAGGCCGAAGAGGAUACGAAGUAUUAAUGGCAGCGGCAAUUUGUGGUCUUGUAAAUUCAGCGCUAUAUUUCCUCAGUACGAUCGUUGCUCUUCGCACAUACAGAAUACAUUAACAGUGCCUUAUAACAAGAAUUCGGACAAGUUUUGAAAUCAUAUAUUCAACUAUCAACGUGUUUCAUAUAUUUCGCAAACCAUUGAGUCGGGCAUUGUCCAAUUAUAUAACGCAACACGCCUUUUUAUACACUGUCUUCAAAUUUAAUAAAAAAUAUAUUUUUGUAUGGUA